GUGACUGACUUUAUUGAUUGCGAAGAACAGAACUAAGUACAUGAAUGAGUGCCCUUAUAUAUCCUUCGCCUCUCCUACCAUCCUGUAUACCUUCUGUGGCCGACGGUAUGGUAGUGUAUACCGUCUCGCAUACCAUUCAUGGUAGAUAAAUGGUGUCGGAAUCACAGCUUACUCAAGGUCGAAAGUACGUGUCGAGCGUAUAAGGUUGAGGUCUCUGAUUCUUGCAAAAGGGCGCUAUCUAGGAUCCUAUAUAAGACCGUUGACUACCUUAUAGAGUAUACUAAGCGAUUGUGCGGUUUCAAAAGCAGUAAUGGCAGAGUAAAUACGCUGCUUGCGCCAUAUGAUAUCAGCGAGGCAUCAAUUAGGCAUCAGUUGGUAUUGUUCGGUAAGGAACCUCUAUAUUCCGACACACCCCCCCAGACUGGCAACCUAGCCAGUCUGUUUUAUACGAAUUCAGUAAGCCUGAGAAAUCGAAUGGAAGUUAUGGAAACGUUGGCCGGUCAUGAUCUUUGUCAUGCCUAGAGUGUCACUGGCAGCCCCGUGACCCCGCCCCGAACCCGCCCCGCUGAUUUUUGGGGGCCCCGUUGGGGCGGGCUGGUUUGGGGCACCCUGCCCCAAAGCCCCCCACCCCGUUUACAAGGCCUUUACGGGAAGGCAUGGCUUUUUAGCAAUCGCC